AUGUGUGCAUUUUCCAUGCUACUGAAAUGGUGAAGUGUAAAAAGCUACAUGGAGAGGAACUUCCACUUGUUCUCUCAGACCCUAUAGUAUUGGAGAUUAAUCAUUUACAAAACCAAUUCAAAGAAAAAGUUAAGGAGCUAACUACUUGCCAAAAUGAAAUCAAAGCAUUCAAAGCAACUGAGUCACUCAAGGAUAAGGCCAUAGAAAAGUUAAGAAGUGAAGCGAGUAAACUUGAUGAGAGACUUAGACUUGUAGAGGAUCAUCUUAAGCAAAAGAAUCUAGAAAUGAAGAAACUGAGAGAUGAAAAGAAAGAAGCAUUGGCUGCACAAUAUGCAGCUGAAGCAACACUUAGAAGAGUGCAUGCAAAUCAAAAGAAUGAAGAUUAUGUUCCAAUUCAUAAUAGUGUCAUUGCUAACGGCGCAACGGCUAAUAUUGUUCGCGAUUACCAAAGACAGAUCUUUGAAUUGCAAGAGGAGAAAAGAACACUGGAGAGGGAACUAGCAAGAGUAAAAGUUUCGGCGAAUAGGGUUGCAAAAGUUGCGGCUAAUGAGUGGAAGGAUGAAAGUGAUAAGGUCAUGCCUCUUAGACAAUGGCAAGAAGAGAAAAGGAUUAUGCAGGCAGAGAUGCAACGGUUAAAAGACAAACAAUCUAUAUCAGAAAGAACGGCUAAGGCGGAGUCGCGUCUAAAGGAAAAACUUAAAGUGAGGCUAGAAACAGUUGAGGAAGGUUUAAAACAUUUUUCAAGUUACUCAACCACUUCAAAUGUGUUUUGUUGGUCUCCAAAAGCAGAAAGUCCUAUGAAAAUGAAUUACACUUCUCAAGAAAGCAUGAGUUCAACCACUUCAAGAAGUAAAGUUUCUGAUAUUGGUGAAAAGGAAAAUGAGAUGAAAGUGAACACAGACAUGAGUUUAAACCACUUCAACGAUGAAAGUGACGCGACCAAAAUUGUAAUCGUUGUUGAUUUGGAUGAAGAAGACUUCGAAAGCAAGAAACCAAAUGAUUCGGGCGGUGACGAUUUGGUUUCAGGUUUUCUAUAUGAUAGGCUGCAAAAAGAGGUCAUCAAAUUGAGGAAAUCUUGUGAAACCAAAGAUAGUAGUUUGCAGGAUAAAGAUGAAGAAAUUAAGAUGCUCGUGAAGAAAGUUGAUGCACUGACCAAAGCCAUGGAAGUAGAGAGGAAGAAAAUGACAAGAGAAGUAGCUGCUAGAGAAAAGGAGAUUUCAUGUAUAAAGUCACCAGAUGAUAACAUGAAACACAGAAACACAAACUCCUCCAAAAGGGCCAUGAAAGAACAUUGACGAAUCUUUACUUGAAAACCAUGUCCAGCUGCGAAAAAAAAAGUAGGAGGCAUUUUCAUGAAAACUUCUUCAUGUAGAUCACCAUGUAGAAACACACUGUGAACAUCUAUCUGCUAGAGUUACCAUCCUUUCUAUGCUACUACUAUUAAGAUAGUGCGUAAUCACUAAUUUAACCAAGGGUGCAAAUGUUUCGGUGUAAUUAAUUCCUUCCAUUUGAAGAUUGUCUAGUAUAAUUAAUCGGAUUUGAGACAAUU